AUGAGUGGUCUUUCAUCAGAUGACGAGGAUGACGAGUUGAUAUUGCAACUUAGUGCUCUGCCACCCAAAACGACGUUACAGGAUGCACCAAAGAAAUAUGCCACUCAGGUACAAAACAAUACAGAUCAGGCCGUUCAACAGAGCAAGCCUAACCCUACGGACAACGAUCGUGUUUUGGAACUAGAGAUGAAAUUGACGAAAGCCAGAGGUGAAACUAGUAUGCUGAGGGAUAAAAUCUCGCUUUUGAAUAAAGAACGAGAGAAGGAUAAGUUGAACCACGCCGAUACAGACAGCCAAGCCAAGCAGGAGCAUGAGAGAGAGUUGAAGUACAUGAAACAAGUUAUACAAAAUUUGAAGGAUGAGAAGAAGUUCCUUCUUAUGGAGAUGAAGACGAAAAAAGCGGUGCCGACGUCCGCGUCAUUGCAAACAAACCCACAGGCUCAACAUCAGACUCCAGAUACAUCCACACUUACCCCCCUGGUAAAGAAGAGGAAAUUGGAAGAUACGCCACAGUAUUUGAAAUCAAAUGUGGUUUCUCUUAAUUCACACAGAAUCUUACCGAGGGAAUCUGAUCUUUUGUUCAAUUCCAUCAUGUCAUUCAAAUUGUUCGGAGUGGAUGUUACCCUUUUGGAAAUACUCGACGUUUUGACUGUAAAACAUAUAGAUACCGUCGAAGCUAACGACUUUAUAUUACAUUCCAAUGAAUCAAUCGGUAAACAGCUGAGGAGGUUUAUGAUGGUCGCCAAGAGUAAAUUGAAUUUAGAUAAAUUUAUCGACACAUUUUUGGAAAACCUGGUCUUCUUAAUUACCAAGAUAUCAUACAACUCACAGGAGUCUAAACUAGCCGUCCCAUUUCUAAUAGCAUUGAUGCAUCAAAUUAUUAUCUUUAGACCGAGUGCAGUGAAACAAUUAUGCUUGCAAAACCUGCUGCUUUUCGUUUGCGAUUUUAUUUUAGAAAAUAGACGUGUGCUGAGGCAACCUCUGCGAAACGUCAACGACCCUGAAUUGAAAUUGAAAAUACUAGAGCCUCAGGUUUUCCAAUACGAAUUCAUUGACAAACUGAUGAUCUGCUAUUCGUUUGACCUCUUAGAGAGCGGACUGCGAAUCGCCCAACUUCUCACCAAUGACGGAUUGUGGGCUAUAUUAAUUGAUUCAAAGAUAUCAAACUCAUUAACUGCCAUAUACAAUCUGUCGUUGAGUGUUUCCGUAAGACCCUUUCUGAACGCAGUUUUCAAUAUUGUGGCGAUUUUUAACAUUCUAUCAAAUAUGCUGGUUACAGUGCAACAAGACUCAACUUUGAUCCCACCUUCUAAAGAUACAAAUGGAUCCUUGAUUGUGCAUGGUAGCUGGUGGAAGUUACCGCUUGAUAAACUUUACAAUUUGCUGGAAAAAGACGUAAAGAACUACUAUCUGAUGAGCCAUCUGGAUAACAUGGAUUCCAGGAGUUUUGAGAAAAAUCAUUUUGUUGAUAUUAAUGGGCUUAUUAGAAAUAUCGGCAAUAACAGUUUGGCCGCCUUCGUGGAGGAGUUGAUUCAUACAGAUAAACUUCAAAACUUCCCGCGAGUCAUCUCGAAGGAAAAUUUGCCGAUACAGAAGGCUCAUUUGGACUUUGAGUUUGAAGGUUGGUUGUUAUCUUUACAAAAGGAUAUCCUGCUAACAUUCAAUAACAUGUUGCUCGUAUUCCCGGAGGAUUCGGUCAUCAUAAAUGGUAACAUGUUUGCUCAUCUUGCCAGGCUUUUGGCGCAAGAACAGCAAGAGAUAUUGUCGACGUACCUCGGACAAGAUAACCCUAAUAUAAUAAGUAGGGUUGAACUCAUUGAGUCAACACUGACGCUAAUUUAUAAGCUUUGGAUGAACCACCACCAGACCAUAGGCCAGGAGUACAUUAAAGAGGUGGAAAAUGAGCUGAUAACUGCAUUGAGGCGCGUUGUCGCUUCACAAAUGGAUGAAAAACUGCCAAGAACCAACGAUGAUAUGGCGGAUCAUCGAAAUAUUGUGGACAAGUUAAAUGAGCUUACGGUUAGAGAUCAAGCCAGAUACUAUGAAGAUGCUUUCGAAGACAUGCCUGAAUAUAUCACCAAGGAAUUGAGUGACCAUCUGGAUGGGCGGUGUUAUAGGAUAAUGCAAGCUCGAUACCAAAAAGUCUAUCAGGAAAUGGCGAAGACUAUACUGGAAUCACAUAAAACUGGCUUGUUGACGGUUGAACAAGCGGAUGCUUUGUAUGCAGCGAUGGGUUUGUGA